UCUUUCGUAUUUUUCAAUUCGGAAUUGAAGUUUCCAUUUAAUUUGAAGGUGUACUACCCGAUUUGGAUGUAUGAGGUUACGAAGAUAAAGAACCCAUUACUCCAACUGUGAGGAUCUUUGUGAGUAUUCUUAUCUCUUCCUACCUUGUGGUGGUGUUUGAUUUCUAUUUCCCUGGUUUUUCUUAUUAUAUGAAGAAAAGGAGGUGACCUGCUCCCGCAUUUUAUUCUCAUGGUCUCUUUGUUCGACACUCGUUAAUACUGUGAAUUCGAUUUCUUUGGUCUUAUGUUUUCUUGGUACUUGUAUCCCUUUUUGUUAAUUCUCAUAUCUUAGACUAGCUUGUUCAUGCUUUGCUCUCAAAAUAGCUUGUUCAUGGUUUGUUCAUUUGUUAAGCACAAUGGUUCUGUCUUGUAUGUGUUUGCUGGAACAAUUUUCUUGUUUUUGACUACAUGUCUUUAAGUGCCAUGAAGUCAUUUCGUUGUUUCUCUACUGCAUUUUCAAUUAUGGAUUAGUAAUUUUAGUUCAAUAUUCUCAUGCUUAACUAAAUUGAGCUUUCAACCUUUCAAGAUGAUCAUUACAAGUUGAGCCUUGUACUCUGAAUAGGCAGCAAACUUUUUAUAAUCAAAUAAAUGAAGAGAGCUUUACUUAUUCUAUUCUUUACCUUUUAUCUUCUUGUAUGAUGUGAACUUUUCAGAUGUUACUAUUGGAAGUUAAAUGUCAAUGCAAAUACAAAAAUUUGAUAUUUGAAGUGGUUUCCUCCUUUUUGGGGCGUGUCUUGACAAUAACUGUCUCUUAUUCUUUCAUAGAUACAUUUCCCGCAUGAUCUUCUCAAAUUUACUUUCCCAAGUUUAAGGCCUCCAACCAGACACUAUUAAAGCUUAGCCCUGUUCUCUGAAUCAGGCAGACACUAUUUAAAGUUUGAUUACAUAUUUGAGUCUAUUUUCUAAAAUUUAACUUGGAGCAGUAAGAAGUAAAAACAUACUUUUACUUCCCAUGUCAUUUCUUUGCAUUCUGCAUUUUUGUAACUGAAAUAGUGAGCUGCUAGUUUGUUGGAUGUCACUCAUAUACUUUGUGCUUCUGCAUAAAGUAGCUGGCUGGUGUGGUUUCUGAUACAGAAUAAAUAAGAACAUUGGUGUGGAUUUCCUUUGCUCGCUCCAUCAAUAUUACAUUUGAUCCAACCCAUGUCAGGUCAAAUUCCUGUAGGAGAACAAUCAAGCAAUCAAAGAUACAAAAGAAAAAGGGUUCUAAUCCAAACAAAGCUCAAAGUCCAUUGAAUAAUCUGGAUAUUGAUAUGCAAUACAAAUCAAGUGCUGAAUCAGCCAACAAAUUCAAGAUUAAGAGAGAACAACUUGCAAAUGAACGCAAUGAUAGAGCUACGAAACAGCAGACACCAAUACCAAAUAAAAGAAAGAAUUUUGAGGAGGUUAGAACCUCACAUAUGAUUACAGGGAAAGGGCAAACUAAACAUAGGUUAUUUCCGUCUAAAGAGUCCAUUGAAGAGAAAGGAAUUAAAAUUCCUAUGAAUGACUAUAUGUUCUAAACAUCAUUCAAGAAAGGUAUUUCUGCUUCAGUACAUGUGAAUGGAACAACACUAGGUAAUGGAUAGGCACAACAUGACAUUGAGGAUCUACUGAACUUCAAACAGGUGAAGUGAAAGUUGGUUCGACCAGUCACCAGUAUCGGUCAGAUACUUGAUAGGCAACAGAUACACAAUGGACAUGAUAUUCUUCAUCUACCAAAUUGCAAGCAGUUAAAGAGUAAGUCGGUCAUACCAGCUAGUACUCUUGAUUAGUUUCUAAAAAAUCAAGAGAUACACAUAGAUGAUGAAACAAAAUGUUAUAACCACACAACAUCUGAUGUGCAUACUCCUAUUAAGAAUGAACACAACAAAGGAUUGGAUGAUAUUGUGGAUCAAGAAGAACUUGGUGGAGAUGAGUGUGAUGUCCAAGAGGAAAUUAUCAUUGAUUGUAGUACAAAAGUCCAAAUUUUUAAUUCCAGUAGAAGGAAAGAAGUGGGUGAUGACUGGUCUUCGUGAUGCUUGGAGGCGAUACAAACAAAAAAUUAAAAAGAAAUUUUUCGACAAAAAUAGUACCCUUGAGGAUAUGCUAGAAAAGCGUCCUGAUGGCAUUCCAGAAAAUCAAUUCUGCCAGCUGAUCGAGUAUUGGUUACACCCAACUGUUCAAGCCAUAUGCGAGAUGAAUUCUCAAAACAGGAAAAAACAAAAGUGGAGGCAUCGAAUGGGACCUAUUAAUUUUGCAAGAAUAUGCGUCGCAUUGGCUGAACUUCAAAAUCGCAAAAGUUCAGGGGAAACAACUGAUGAUGCAUUUACGGUAGUGUUUGGAAAGGAGCAUCCUGGUCGACUUAGGUGCUACGGUAGAUCAGUGACAAAAAGUUCUUUGAAGAAACAUGAGGAAAUUAAAGAUCUAAAACAAAAACAUGCCAAUGAAAUCACUUCUCUAAAGGAAGAAUUGAGAGAAGAAAUGCGACAUUUAUUCACUCCUUUGUUGCAAAACAACCCUGGAUUGAAUUUUCAAGACAUACAAGGGUGUGUUGGAUCUAACCUUGCUUCACCUAUUGAUGUAAGUAGCGCAAAAGCUUUAAGAGGCAAAAUCUUUCACAUUCUUCAGGAUCAGCUCAUGAUUCAGUUCUUCAAAAGGGAAAUGCUGGUAAUUGAAUUUGAAUUGUGGCAGAAGUAAACUUGAUCUAUUGUGGUGAACGAUUAAGAGUUUUUGUACUAUUGCCAUAUAUGUUUGUAUGCAUUUGGUAUUUUGAAAUUUAUUGAUAUUAGAGAUCUUAAAGCAAUUAUUUUCUAAGUUUUGGAGU